AUGAGCUACAGCGGCCGCAAGGUCCUCGUAUGUCUCCUAUUUGACAUUGAUAACACGUUGCUCUCCGGGUGCCGCCGUUUUCCCGCUGAGUGUCCCUGGACAGCACGUGGUGCUGGUGUUUUUGCACCUCAGCACACUCUCAGUUAUUAUGAUUCGGAGCGGGGACGUUACAUGCGGAAUUACAUCAUUACAACUCGCCCUCACUUGGGUGAAUUUCUGCAUCGGGUGAGCGCGGAACUCAGCACCACACGCGUGGCCGUUCAGGUGGGGUUGUUUACACGCAAUACACCCUCAUAUGCAAAUGCCAUUGCCGAGCAGGUUCUGCGGCCGCUGAUGCCCGUGCCGUUAGCCUUCAAGUUUGGCAGCACACACUGUUGCGGCCCCGAGGAGCGAAAGAAGCCGCUGGCGGUGACCGGUUUUCCCGCCACCUCACUGCUGGUAGACGACACUUGUGCGUCCUUCAUUGCGGAUGAAUUUUUCAGUGGUCGUGGAGCUUUGGUGGCGCCUUUUUUUUCCGGCCUGAAACCAUGGGGACUGGAAGAAGAGAUGGAUGAUGUGCUCUCGUGCGGUGGCUCCAGUGGCUUCCCUGACACUUGUAGUCAUGGGGAGGAUGAGUACUCCGAGAUUCUGAGAAGCGCGGAGGACGAAAAUUCCACUUUGCUCUGUGCCUUAAUUGAGGAGUUUGUUGCCUUUUGGCACAACAACAGUGAUGACGCAACAGAUACGACAAUAAACCUGCUGAAGGAUCCACGUGCGGCACGGUAUCAGAAGCAGUGGUCCAGGUAUCACGCUCCCUUUGAAGAAAGGUUGGUCUGCAUUACAUAA